AUGACUGUAUUGCAACGUCCUUUACGAGCUAUUAUCAUGGGUUGUCCAGGUGCAGGAAAGGGCACACAGACUAAAUGGCUUGCUUCCAACUACGGCAUUAGAACCAUCUCUAGUGGUGAUGUUCUUCGUUCAAACGUCCUUCAAAAGACUCCUGUUGGUCUUCAAGCUAAAGCCAUCAUCGAGGCUGGUGGGCUAGUCAAUGACUCCCUGGUCAACGAUCUGAUGUUGACUGAGAUGAAAGGAAUGUCGGAUUCUCAAUGUUAUGUCCUUGAUGGCUUUCCACGUACUGUUCCACAAGCUGAAAUGCUCGACGCAUGGCUCAAGCAAAAUGGAACUCCAUUGGCCAUGGUCAUCAACUUGGAUGUGCCUUGGAAUGUUAUUCUGCAGCGUAUUGAAGAUCGUUGGAUUCAUGCUCCAAGUGGUAGAACUUACAACAUCAGUUACAAUCCUCCACUCCUGUCUGGUCGGGACGAUGUUACUGGCGAACCUCUAACAAAACGAUCUGAUGAUGAUGUUGACAUAUUCAAGUCUCGUCUUGAAGCUUAUCGGUCUCAAACAAUGCCAUUGAUUGGUUAUUAUACCAAUCAGGGUAUUUUGUGUAAUUUCAAAGGUUCAACAUCCGAUGAGAUCUAUCCUCAGAUUCAAGACACGCUUCAUGCAUACUAUGGAUGCUCCAUUACUGCUGAUACCAAACCAGCCAAGACUUGCACUUCUACGGACUCUACUUCCGUGUCAACAUUAUCACAAAAACCAUUGCGGGCUGCCUCCGUUGCCUAA